GCUGUAAUGUUGGGUUAACCCGGUUGGCGGCUCUGGGAUUUGGGAAGAGCCCCUGAAGUGCUGACGCGGAUCAGGGCUGGGGGAGUAAAACCGUGUUGGAGGACGAGAUGUUACUCCGCUGGAAUUUGGCGCUUUUUCUCGCUUUUACCGGGUCAAAAUGCUACUUUUCGGAGGAGAAUUACACGGAGGAGUCUAAAAUGCAGCAGCCCACGGUGGUAAUCGCUAUUAUCGCCCGAAACGCUGCGCAUUCUCUGCCGUAUUACCUCGGAGCUCUGGAGCGACUCAACUACCCCAAAGACCGGAUCUCCAUCUGGGCAGCGACAGACCACAACACUGACAACACCACCGCAAUCCUGAGAGAAUGGCUCACCGUCAUGCAGCAGUUCUAUCACUAUGUGGAGUGGAGGCCUAUGGACAAACCAACAUCUUAUGCUGGAGAACUGGGGCCCAAGCACUGGACUAACGGCCGAUACGAAUACCUCAUGAAGCUCAAGCAGGCGGCGCUGAACUUCGCCAAGAAACGCUGGGCUGAUUAUAUCCUGUUUACAGAUGCAGACAACAUCCUGACCAACCCAGAAACCCUGAACCUCCUGAUCGCAGAGAAUAAAUCUGUAAUCGCCCCCAUGCUGGACUCACAGUCCGCCUACUCCAACUACUGGUGUGGAAUCACUCCACAGGGUUACUACCGCCGCACAGCGGAGUAUUUCCCCACCAGGCGGCGCUACAGAACAGGCUGCUUCCCUGUUCCUAUGGUUCACUCCACCAUGCUGCUGGACCUGCGGAAGGAGAACACCAGGAGGGUGGCCUUUCACCCCCCUCACACCGAUUACUCCUGGCCUUUCGACGAUAUCAUCGUCUUUGCUUUCUCCUGCAGAGUAUCAGAGGUGCAGAUGUACGUGUGCAAUAAGGAACGCUACGGUUACCUGAACGUUCCGGCCAAACCUCACGAACAGGUGGAGGACGACCACGUCAACUUCAUCCACCUCUACCUGGAGGCUCUGAUUGAUGGACCCCCUAUGUACGUCUCCCCCUACAUCCACGUUCCUCCCAAACAGACAGACCUGAUGGGUUUUGAUGAGAUUUACCUGAUAAACCUGCGCAGACGGCCGGACCGCAGGGACAGGAUGCUGUGGUCCCUCUAUGAGAUGGAAAUUAACGCUAAAGUAGUGGAUGCUGUGGACGGAGCAGCUCUGAACAGCAGUGAUAUUAAGCUCCUGGGUGUGGAUAUCUUGCCGGGGUAUAAUGACCCGUUUAAUGGACGCUCGCUGACUAAAGGAGAGGUGGGCUGCUUCCUCAGCCACUAUUACAUCUGGAAAGAGAUGGUGGACAUGCAGCUGGAUAAAGCUCUGAUUCUGGAGGAUGAUGUUCGUUUUCAGGGUAAUUUUAAGCGGCGUCUCCGGCACCUGAUGGAGGAGGUGGAGCUAGCCGAGCUGGACUGGGACAUCAUAUACCUGGGCAGAAAGCAGGUAAAUCCUUCGAAGGAGGAACCGGUGCAGAACGUGAAGAACCUGGUGUAUGUGGAUUAUUCAUACUGGACUCUCUCCUACAUCAUCUCCCUGCAGGGGGCGCAGAAACUCAUCAACGCUGAACCACUUUCUAAAAUGCUUCCUGUAGACGAGUUCCUGCCCAUCAUGUACGACAAGCACCCCAAUGAGGACUACAAAUCCCAUUUCCUGAACCGGAACCUGCAGGCUUUCUCCACGAGCCCCCUGCUGGUGCAGCCGGCUCACUACGCCGGAGACCCGCAGUGGGUGAGCGAUACAGAAACGUCUACGCUGUGGGACAACGACAGCGUGAAGACAGACUGGAGGGGCUCCUAUAAGACCUUGAAGGGAGGGACACCUCCGGCCGGGGUGCAGAGCGCCUCCUACAGGGACGAGCUGUGAAGCACAGGCUUCAGUGAGACACUAACGUUCAAUAGGGCUGCAACGAUUAGUCGAUAUAAUCGACAAUGACGAUUAUUUAAAUUUGUCGACUACAAAUUUCAUUGACGAUUAAUCGUUAAUUUUUAACGGUACUGCAUUACACAAAGUGCCGCGGACAGAACGCAAUAGGAGAUGAAUGGGGGUAAAUGUCUCACUCACACAGUUUACACUCAACAGUCUGUGUGUCCAAAAGUGCCCAAACACAACAGAUUACAUAUUUAAUUAGUAACAAAUAUCAGUACUUUCAGUGUUUUAACAACAUCCAGACAUUUAAAUGUCUUUUAAAUCUCAUGUUCAGCUGUUUCUAUUGGUUUUAGAGAUGGAGAACAUGGCAGAAAUAAUUGUUGACUAAUCGCCCAAUCGAAAAAAUAAUCGUCAGAUUAGUCGACUACAAAAAUAAUCAUUAGUUGCAGCUCUAAUGUUCAGAACUAGAGGCCGUUCUGGAGGCCAGGGUGUGUGAGGAACUGUACCGGCGGCUCGGAGGCUUAGAGACUGAAGCCUGUGAGGAAUAAUCACACACACACACACUCACACACAAACUCUCACACACACACUCUCACACACAGACACACACACACACACACACACAUGCACAUACAUGUUACGACACACACCCCUUCUCAGGUGGACGCUGCUCCCCUUCUCAGAGACCAUGCUUUAAAACUUUUGUGUGUUUUUUGCCUCUGUGUGUGUGUGUGUUUGUGUUCUCAGGUACAGUGCAGUGCAGUCUAGAUUCAACUUUUUCCCAGUCUGUAUGUCACCAUAUUGGAUUAGUAAUGGAUCUAACAUUGACUUUGUAUAUAUUUUUCAUACUGAAAACAUGCUAUGUCUUGGUUGCUGUGUCAUAGAAACCUUUUUUAAAAUUAUGUAUAUAUACAGCUGAGAAAUGCAUACUUUUGGAGUGAUUUCAAGGACACAGCUGAUGUAUCCUUCCUGUCCUCAGUUGAGUACAACAUUUCUGAGCAAUUAACACCUAAAAAUUAAGUCUGUAUGUCAGCAUAUUCGAUUUUGGAUCUGGAACAGCAUAAUAUUAUGACCUUAAAGGAGAACUCCGAUGUGAAAUGGACUUUGGUUGUAUUUAUUAAAACGUGAUAAAAAGUACUUUUCUUUGUUGAAUAGCUCUCCUCCGCUCUCCUGCAGCUUUCUGAAAUCUAGUAUUUUGUGCACUUUUUGCCCAAACAGACUUUUAGAAUGAGUGAUAUGGGGCAUAUUUUACCCUGCAGAUAAAUCUUUUUUACAAUGUUAUUUAGCUCAAAGUAGCUCCACACUUCAUUGGUAGAAUCUGGAGAGCUCUGACAUUUAAAACGAGGCAUUUAGAGCUUUAAAACUGCACAAGAAGUUUAUUAAAAGCCACAGUUUACAUCCCAUAGUGUAGAUAAAUCUCUGGAAGCUGCCAUCUUUAAAUUUAAAUCACACUAAAGCAAACUUCGAAUAGAACAAACUAAUAGGUAGGAUAGUUUUGAGCAGAUUGCAAAAUUAAUUCCUUGGAAAUUAAUAGAAUGUUGCUGAAAAAAAUAUCUGGUUACUGUCGAUGUCAGAAUGCAAAAAACCAACAACAACAAAUUACAUAAACAUCGAUCAAAAAGUUUAAUAGCGGCCCCGAUACCGAUAUUGUACAGGAUCAGUCUCAUUUCUAAUUAUGAAUGCCUCGUUGAGCUCUCCAGAUUCUACAAAUGAAGUGUGGAGCAACUUUGAGCUGAAUAAUGAUGUAAAAAGUUAUUUAUCUGCAGGGUAAAAAACUAUUCCCCAUGUCAUUCAUUCAUUCUAAAGCCUUUUUGGACAAAUUGCACAAAAUACUGGAUGUCAGAAGGCUGGAGGAAAGCGGAGGGGGACUAUUUAACAAAGGUAAGUUCUUUUUAUCAUGUUUGAAUAAAUACACCCAAAGUCCAUUUCACACCAGAGUUCUCCUUUAACUAUUUUUUAGACUCAACUGAAUAUGUAUAUAUAUUUUUUACAAAAAUUAAAUGCAGUAUCCCCACACAGUCCUGCACAAAUCCAAAAAUCAUUCACAUUCAAUAAAACUCUACAGACUGCACUGUACAUGGAUGCUUUAGAUUAUUGAAUGGGUCAGAGAUAAGGAGAAAUAAGUUCUUUUUAACUAGUUUAUUCAUAUUGUUUUGUUUUUUUGUUUCUUUUAAAGUGUUUUUUUGGUUUUAUACUUUUUUAAUGUUUUAUGUAUAAAUAUAAAUAUAUAUAAAAGUCGUGUUUAACACAUGGAGGGAAUGCUCAGCAUGAGAUUAACACCAAAGUCUAAUUUAAGCAGAAAAUAAAGUAGCAAAUUUGCCAUUUUGCACAAAUGCUUAAAACAAUCCAAGAAACAGAGAGAGAGGGUGUGUGUAUGUGUGUGUGUGCAUCAAUGAAUGUCUUAAGUCAUGUUAUUUAAUGUUCUGUACAUUUUUCCAAGGAUUUCCAUAAGAUUUAAUUUAGUUUUUGUUGUUUUUACAUCUUAAAGCAUCGUCAUAAUCAUCAUCACCCUCAUCAUCCUGUUUUUCUUAUUUAUUUCCUGAGUUUUCUGAUGACCUUGUGUGUUUGUUUCUUCUGAAGAAUGAUUUAGAUGGAAAAUUAAGGUUGUUUUUACCUUUUUUUUUAAACAAAUAAAGGCAGUUUGAGUUUGUACGUUUA